AUGCACCAAACCUGUGUGUGGCUGGAGGAGGCUUCUGCCAGACCCUCUCCCGGGCCUGUCCUGCCACCCAGCCCCUCCCCAGUCCACACUGAGCUCCAGAUCAGGGAAGGGCCGCAAAGGACCAGCAGGGCAGCCGCAGAAGGGGCGCCCUGCGUGGGACGGGUCCGUUGCGCGCCUGGUCACCGAGGGGGAAGGGAAGGGGCCUCUGGCGCGCGGGGCGGUGUCGCGCAGGUCCCGCCCCGCCUGCCCGCGCCGCCCAUUGGUCCCGAGCGCGAUGUUGCGGGCGGAGCAGGAAGGAAACCGCUCCCGAGCACGGCGGCGGCGUCGUCGUCUCCCGGCAGUGCAGCUGCCGCUACCGCCGCCCUCUGCCCGCCGGCCCGUCUGUCUACCCCCAGCAUGAGCGGCCUGCGCGUCUACAGCACGUCGGUCACCGGCUCCCGCGAAAUCAAGUCCCAGCAGAGUGAGGUGACCCGAAUCCUGGAUGGGAAGCGCAUCCAAUACCAGCUAGUGGACAUCUCCCAGGACAACGCCCUGAGGGAUGAGAUGCGAGCCUUGGCAGGCAACCCCAAGGCCACCCCACCCCAGAUUGUCAACGGGGACCAGUACUGUGGGGACUAUGAGCUCUUCGUGGAGGCUGUGGAACAAAACACGCUGCAGGAGUUCCUGAAGCUGGCCUGAGUCAAACCUGUCCAGAGUUCCCCUGCUGGACUCCAUCACCACACUCCCCCCAGCCUUCACCUGGCCAUGAAGGACCUUUUGACCAACUCCCUGUCAUUCCUCACCUAACCUUAGAGUCCCUCCCCCAAUCCAGGCCACUUCUCCUCCCUCCUCUCUAAAUGUAGUCCCCUCUUCUCCAUCCAAAGGCAACAUUCCUUACCUUAGUCUCAGCAAUUGUCUUAAGCAACAGCCCCAAAUGCUGGCUGCCCCCAGCCAAGCAUUGGGACCGCCAUCCUGCCUGGCACUGGCUGAUGGGCACCUCUGUUGGUUCCAUCAGCCAGAGCUCUGCCAAAGGCCCCGCAGUCCCUCUCCCAGGAGGACCCUAGAGACAAUUAAAUGAUGUCCUGUUCCAUUGG